CCGGCGAGUGAGCGAGCGGCGAGUGUUCGUGUAUCGCGCGAGCGUCGCAUACGCACACAAACCGCUCUACCUCCUCAUUGAUACCGCUGUAACUGGUCUGGUAGUGGCAUGUGAUAUACCUCUAGGAGGAGGGUCAGAGCCGGACGAGACGCUUACCAUGAGGUUGACACAGAAAGAACAGUACCCUUGGGAAGAACCUUGGAAGCCGCUCACUGCUUCGGAGGCUUUCAUGGAAGAGGACAGGAAAAGAGCCGUGCGCACAGAGAAUACUUGCCACUGUCGGUACAAGAAUUUGUACGUACCGGAAGUCAAACGUCCACAGCCGCCGCGGUAUGACGAUGAGGGCCCUCCAAUCGAGAUCGUAACCGAGCCGCCGCCGCUGACUCGCAUAUGCGCAUGCGACGACUGUACCAAGCCUACGUUACCGGACCGUCAGGAGCCAAUCUGCUUGCAGUUCCAACGGCUGCCACUCAAAACUGUUCGUACCCGCCGCCUGGUCUUACGGAACGAGUCGGUCAUCACAGCGCGAUGGCAGACCGCAGUCAGGAAUUUUCCCAGGAAGAGAAACAGAACUCUAGCUUCAGAUCCAUGGGCUGCCGACGUGACGGAAGCGGGAGUGGCGAUACAAGUGUCGCCAUCUGGCGGCGUGCUGGGCCCAUGCGCUCGCAUCGAGCUGACGAUCAGCGCGUACGCAGACUGCUGGGGGCUGUACCGGGACCAGAUACUUAUAAUGAUGGAGAAGUUGGAGCCGCUGGUUGUGGACGUGUGGCUGGAGGUAGCCGGCGCACCGCUCAGCUUCUGCAUGAGGCCAAACAGUGACUGCGAUGAAGAGACGCCUACACUUUGGAUAUCGUCGUCGGAUCGUAAUCGUGUCGUCCGCGUGAAGAACACGUCCCGCUCCGAGCUCGCUGUGCACUCUUAUGUGUUACUAGAAAAUGAACAUCUUCAAGACGCUCUUCCGUUUCGACUCUACUUCCGCUUUUUUGACGUCCUCCCGCAGACCUGCCCCUGCGUCAAUACAUCUGAUUCGCAAGAUUUGUCCUUCGACGAGGAGUCGGCUUGUGAAUCUAUUCCCGAGGAAAUGGGCACGGGAAUUGAGUUGUUCCUGUCUGCAGACUACGGCCAGCAGGAGAAUACUUGCUUCAAGGUGGAGCCAGAGAUGACAACCAUUGCGCCGGGUGCAUACCAGCAUUUUCAAGUGACAUUUGAAACUCCCGAACACGGAGAGCAGGCACAGAACGCUAUUCUUCUACUUCGCCCGUUGCCGACAAAACCAGCUGGUCCGUGUUGGUACCGGCCCGAGCCUGCCCCUCAAGCAGUGCAGCUGCGGCCCGUGGUUCGCACAGGCGUGCUGCGCGCCUCUGACUGCAAACUGCAGGUGCAGUACUGCGCGCUCCACUUGCCAAGAGGUGACAUCAUGAGGAUUCGCAAGACUUUCCGAAUCCAGAACGUUGGUAACGGUCACUUGGACGUACAAGCGUGUACUUCGGGCGCGUGGAGCAUCGUCAUGAACCACCACCACCAGCUGGCGUGCGGCUCGGGCUGCGGCUGCGUCAACCGCAGUGGAGAGAGGACCCAUAACGUUGCGCUACACUACCCGCCCAUGAGUUCCAAUCAAAUGACAGUGGAGGUUUGCAUACACACGGCGGACGUCUGGCCAAGAGUAGAAGCCUCAGCGAGUACAUCUCCGCAGUACGAGCAAUGGAAAAAAACUGUGACACCUCUCCACUUCUACGAUUCAGACAAUGUGUUAUUAAGCAUACCAUUAAUCUUGAAGUUGGAGUAUCCCAGAGUCAACAUAGAACCAGCCGCCAUAGAUUUCGGCUUUGUGGCGGACGGCGACACCAGAAAGUCAUAUUUCACAGUGUCACACUCCAGUCGAACGGUGACUUUAGACCUAGCUGUAAUAUGGACUGGCAGCGAUGCCUUCAGACUCUGGCCGAAGACCUUACUAAUACUACCGGGCACUUCAGAACGAGUGUAUGUGCAGUACAUUGCUACAUGGUGUGGCGGUCCAGUGGAAGGAGUCGUGCGGGUAGAGUAUAGUGUUGGCGCGGGUGGUGUUGGCGCGGGGGGCGCGGGCGCGUGGUGCGCGGCCGCCGCGGCGGUGAGGGCGGCCCCCGCGCGCGACCACAAGUGCCGCGCGCCCGCACAUGAUUAUACUGAUGACGGGAAUUUACUGCCGCCGGACCUACUGGGAGGAUUCAAUCAGAACUAGGGUGGAUGACAUGCAACCUGGGAAUUGAAGUCAGAUUUAAAUGAGUCUCAAAAAAUAGAACUGGUAAUAGUAAAUAUUUAUUUCUUAGGUUUUCACGCACAUCACUCAUUAAAUAAAACACGUUUCAACGAGUAAGAUGUACUUAUUUUAUUUGUUUAUUGACGUUUCGCAGCCUUUUCGACGCAACACAAAAAAUAAAUAAACUCAAAAUUACAAAAAAGAUUUUUAAAUAAAGUACUUCAUUAAUAAAUCAGAUAAUAAAUUCGCGCAUAGACAAUAACAUUUUAAAAUCUUCCAAUGAAAUAUCCAAACGUUCAAUAAAAAGUUUUUCGAAGGUGGCUCGACAAAGUAAAUAAAAUCAUUAGUCUGACGACGCUGACCUGAUAAGGCUGCGAAACGUCGAUAAUCAAAUGAAAUAAGUACAUCUUACCCGUUGAAACGUAUUUUAUGGUAAUAGUAAGGCCAAAUUUUAAAGGGCCAGUGGGUACGAGACCAUCUAACCUAACCUUUAGGAUACCAGUUGUUUUUUUUGGCGAGCAUUUACUUUGUUUUUGGAGAUCAUUCAAUAAUGAAUUUAAAUAAAAAUACUUGUAAAUUUUUACUGAAAAUUUUGUUUUUAAAUAAAAGUCAGAUCUGUCAUACUCUUUUUCAUUUUAGUCAUAGUUUUACAAUCAAACGACUAUGACGGUCGAAAAUAAUUUAAUAUCCAGAGACAAAACGUAAAUAUAAUUAUGAUUUAAAGGUUAUAAAUAU